GAAAAAAACUAAAUAUCAAAGAUGCAUUUCCUAAUGGUUUGAAUUAUAAGAAACCAAUACCUUUUCUUAGUACCUCUGGUAUAGAAUGGGAUUAUCAACCAGCAGAAACUUUGCACAAAAUCCUGCAAAUCAAUCUUAUAGAACAUUAUCAAUCCAUUUGUGAAAAAAGACCAGACAAAACUAAGAGGCCAAUCUAUCUUUUUGCCUCUGGAGCUGGUACAGGCAAAUCUCGUAAUGCAAAUGAAUUUCAUAAGACAUUGUUUAAGUGCUUACCAGAAAAGAAAUCAGAACUGAAGGAAAGGAUUAAAAAUGCAUGGACAUUUCAUGUUGCUCUUGAAAAUGGAACGGUUUUGAGUGAUAAUGAGCCUAGUCCAUAUGAUGCUAUUGGUACUCGAAUGUUGUUCCAACUUAACCCCAACAAUUUGAAACUAGAUGAACUCGUUAAAAAAUAUGAAGCACCAUCUCCAUGGAGUGUCUUAGAAUUAGUUGCUAAAGGAGAAAAUCAGGAUUUGAAAAAUGCUACAGUCAUACUGGUUGUUGAUGGUCUGCAUAAUAUUAUGCAGACCAGGGAAGAUGGUUUGAAUAGGGAAUCUUUAUUUUAUACCACUUAUGCAAAAAUUGCAGACCUUGCACUUGCUGACGAGAGUACUUUCUUGAUUCCAUGCUGUACUAUGACGAUUACUGGUCCAAUUGAAUCCUGGCUUAAAUAUUCAUUCCGUAAACGUGUUUAUUUACCAGUUGCUUCUUUGAAUCCACCAACCAUUUGUCAAGACCAUGGUGUAAAACAGGCCUUUCCAAUGGAUGAUCCUAUCAUAAAAAUCCUAGUAGGUGAUUGUGGAGGGCAUGGGAGAGCCCUCGAGAUUCUUCAAGACAUCCUUAGGGAAUAUGACAUCAAGGAAUAUGAUCCAGCUGAGGUGAUGAACGCAUUACAUUACCAGCUUAAGUCCAAGUAUCCCAGUAUUACAGAAAUUCCCAUGAAAGAAGUUAAAAUUAUUGUACAAGCAAUAUUGACACACCAACGUUUUGAUUCCAACAGUCCAGUUCCUGGUACAACUGAACUUCCAAUCAAAUUUACACACCCUGGAUUGAUACGAUAUGAGAGAGUUGGUGAUUCUGGAUGGGGGCAUUUCCAUGCACCAUAUGUCUGGGUUUGGAUUAUUGCAAAAUACAUUGAAGACGAAACCAUUUUAUCAUGGCAAUUUGAUGAUUAUAUUCAUUGUAAAUUAAAUGUAGAAGGUGUUAACUUUAUCUCUUGGAGAGAAUUUGAACAUUUUAAUGCAAGGUUUUGUUGCAUGAAGUCAAAGAUAUUUAGUGAAGGUUAUGAAACAAAGAUUUCAGAGAUACAUGCUGGUGCAUGUUUGAAAGGUGAUCUUAUAUUUAAAAAUCAUCACUUACAACUACAUACUGCCAGCAAUCAAGUAAAUACAUGUACAUCUAUAGCUAAUUCCAAAGAAUGGAUGGUUCAUUGUGAGUCUGAAAAUGUCAAUAUUCGAGAGCACAAAUAUUGCAUCCUUAAUGCAGGAUCUGCACCAUAUGGUGAUUGUUUUCUUUCCUUGGAUUCAUCAAAUGCUUCAAAUGAAGUCCAUCAGUACAAAAAAUAUUCCGAUAAAACAUCAUUCAGUCAACAGGAUUACAUGAAUGAAAGACAGAAAGCAGCAUCUAAUCAAGAUUUUUUUCUCCUUUUUACAACUAAAGAGUGUAACAUUGAGCUUCCAGAUAAUUCAGGCAUUGUGGAUAAAAAAAUCUGGAAUGAUUACUUUGGGCCAUUUUCUGGCAGGGCCUUUGUAUUUGCUGAUGAAGGACCUCUGAAUAUUAAUACUGCAAGUCAUACACAACUUCAACUAAUAGAAGGAAUUGGCAAAACUUAUGCAAAUAUCAUCAUAGAAAAAAGAAAAUAUUGUGUGUUUGAUAGUAUUAAGGUUGCACAUGAGGAAACAAAAAUACCAGAAAAAUUUUUAAAGAAGUUUAAAUUUUCAUAA